AUGGAACACUGUGCAUCUGACAAUGGCGACGGUUGUGGCGGUUUCUUUCCGCACAAGACAUUGGCUGGUCUUUGCGCAAAGUGCCGCAAAAUCUCAACGCUCGCAGAUGGCUCAACAGAGCAAAGCCAAUGGAAGGGCAUGCGACAAUGUGUUGGCUGUGGACUCGCCUGGAAGAACCUUCAAGCUGAGUUGUGUGGGGGUUGUCUUCGCCUGGAGUCCGGGACUUCGGCGUUGAAAGGUACUUCAACAUCUGAGCACCACCUUGUGCGCACAGCCGUCGAUGCCUCUCGCCUUGCACGAGCUGAUGCCCUUGAUGCUCGGCUGCACAAGCAACCCCCACCAUCUGCCCUUCAUACGACGUCUGGGCUAGCAUCUGCUCAACUCAACGCCACGCCAACCGGAGACACGAAGAUAUUCAUUUCGGUCCAGUGUCGUCUCAAAAGUUCUUCGCGCCGUGAACAAAGUCAAACAGACCUUGAUUGCGGCCAAUGGGGCAAGCCAUGGGCCAAGGCAGAUUACUUAUCGGAAGUCCUGGAUGACUCUCUAGAAACAUUGAAUAAUCGUUGGUCGAAAGAACACAAGCUAGACCUGAUUCGAGACGAAGUUGAAUUUCGUUGGUCUGGUAACAAGGUUUUCCUCCCGAAUACCGCCAACAACACUGUUGGACAGGUUUACAUGGAAUACCUCACAGGCGACAUGGCCGCCUUCUACACUCAACCUGAGGCCAAGGGUAAGCGAGGUUCUGGACCAAAGAACCAGCUCAGUAUGGCUCUCGAGCUUUACGUUGACAAGCCAACGUUCAUGAUUCGCCUCAAGAAAUUUCAAGCCGGUCGAAAAAGGAGUGCAACCGUUACAUCCCUACUUGGCGAGGAUGUCCCUGGACCAAAGCGACAUGCAAUCAUUCCCAGUGACGACCUUUGUAAAUCAUCUUUUGUUCGAACAAGCCGUGGAACUGUGGCAGCAUCCACGGCUUCAAACACCGUUUCCUCCGUCAGCCUUGAGAAGGCGUACACAACGUGUGACGUUGAAACGGGCCAGGUCGAAAUUAUCUGGCCUGAGAAUGCUGAAAUUUUCAAGGGCUUCCUUGCGAAAGCCUUAUUUGCCUCGGGCGCUACGAAACAUGUUUAUCAGCUUACAAUGGAUUCCGAGCUCUUUGUCGCCAAGAAAUUUUUUGAGAUAGGUUCUGAUGAUAGUGUUACUGCCGACGAAAAUGCAGAAUUCCUCAAGUGCGAGCUUAUUCGCCUCAAGACAGCCACUUGGUUUCUUCGAAAAUUCAAAGCGGCGGCCAAAGAGAUGAAAGUCGAUAUCGCAACAAAUAUCAUACUUUCCGAGGGGUUUCUUGCUCGCGAGGUUGGGACUCCCUCGGAAGCAUCUGGACUUGGUCCAUUAGAAGAAGGCUCAUCAGCCGUUUGGCUUGUCGAGCCCCAUCGAACCAAGACUGUUUUGAAAUUCAGCGGCACCCUCAAUCAUCCGAACCGUCAGGACAAGGUUGGCACUACCAUAUCUUCUUUUGCUCAUUUUUCGUAUCAAGUGAGCAAUCGGGAACUUGUAUUCGCUGAUAUCCAAGGUUCCCCGAUGAACAUCCAAGGACGCGAUACAAUCGUUCUCUUUGACAUAAUGUCUCACUCGCCUACCACUGAUUCCGGAAUCGGUGAUCAUGGCCCAGACGGGAUUGAAUCCUUCAUUUCGCAACAUUGCUGCAACCACAUGUGUAAAGACUUGAAGCUUACGCCCUUAUUGGAGAUAGAAGGUGACUCUGGUGGUUCCGAAGGACACCCCGAGGAUGACAACAACUUGGACAAUAAUGAGAAGUAG